UCUAGAAGAUAAAUUCGACUCAUGUCGAAAUUAUAAAAAAUUAUGAAUGAAAAUUUUUAAAAUCUUAAUUUAUUAAAUAAAAGUCGUAGUAUUAUUUAUUAUAAUAUUUAUUAAUAAACAUAAAAUUAAUUAUUUAUAAUUAAAAUAUUUUUCAAGGUGUUACAAUUGAUUUCCAUCGAGGGUUCCCGCGAAUCACGGUACCUCUGCCAUCACGAAAAGAAAAGUGCAUCUUCAGCCUCAAACCAAUAACCCACACAGUGGGAGAUUUUAUUCACAUGUUGAAAGCAGAAGACCGUGGAAUAGACAGAGCAUGUAUUACGACAUUAGAGGGUCUCAGAAUAUCCAGUCACAACACGAUAGAGUCACUCUUAGAGAGCGACUUUAGACUAGUCAUCAACGACGUGACUUACGAUGUCUCGCCACCUGAACAAGAAAAGUACACCAUGGAGACGAUGCAAAAAUUGUCGGACGUUCAAGUUACGGUGAGUCAACUGUACGAAACUCUCCAGUGUACCGAGCACAAUUCGAUUUUAGAAAGAGAGGUGAUAGCUGAGCUGGAGCAGGUGAUGUUGGAGCUGCAGCCAUUGGAAGAAAAAAAAUUGGAGCUAGAGGUGGCUGCUGAAAGACGAGCGAUCCUUCACUCUUGGAUAGGACUCGUUGCCAUGGCUGUGCAGUUUGGAAUCCUUGCAAGGUUGACCUGGUGGGAGUAUUCGUGGGAUAUUAUGGAGCCCGUGACCUACUUCGUAACAUACGCUACGGGCAUGCUCUGUUAUAUUUAUUUCGUCGUAACAAGACAAGAAUACAUGCUACCAGAAGUUAUGAACAGACGGUACUUGAAAGCAUUUCACAGACGAGCCAAAGCAGUGGGGCUUGACUUAACCAGGUACAAUAUGCUCAAGGAUCAGGCCUACGAGCUUGAAACAACUCUGAAAAUAAUUCGUGGUCCGUUGUGGAAUCAUAAGAACAAAGUCGAGCAAAAAUUACAGAAAAAAAUGAGAUCAAGUAGCAGCAGCUCAAGCUCCAGUUCACGUUCUCGCUCACCAAGUUCAAGUCCUAGUCCCGAAAAAACUAAACCCACGUGA